UAAAAAAUAUUUACAUUCCGUGUGUGAACUUAUUAACGAAAAAAACUUUCGUAAAAUGUCAAAUGACACUAGAAGUAAAUGGAAAUGUAUAGUGUGUAAGUCGGUGGCAGUAGCGGGUAAACAGCAGAAGCAGAUAAGCAGUGCAGACGGCGCCAGUGCGGGUGACAAAGCGGCAUUGUCCACUGUGGUUGAGGCGGGGGUCGCGGUGUCAACACAGAGUGCCGCCGCUCCGUCUACCUUCACUUCUACUAGUAGUAGGCCUACAACUACUCUCUCACAGGCUGACCUUCAAGCGAUCGGCCAAGUUGUUAAACAGCUGAUUCAAUCGGAGUUGCCGCCAGAUUUCAAAACUGACUUCGCUGAGUUUAAAAAAUCGAUUCAAUUCAUUUCGGAGGAAUUUGAAAGUUUCAAAAAUGAUUUAACAUCCAUCAAGCUGGAGAAUGAAAAAAUUAAAAAGGACAAUGAAAAAUUGAAAAGUGAUAAUGAAAAACUGAAAACAGAUAUUGCGGACCUACAAUCUUACAGUCGUAGAGAUAAUAUUGUGGUUACCGGAAUAACAGAAACAAAUAACGAAUGUGUCAAUGAGGUUUUUAAUAUGCUUUCAAAAACGAUUGGAAGUGAGUUAACUGCUAGAGACAUAAGUGUUGCUCAUCGCCUUCCCAGUAAGAAGAAAGACAUCAUCAAACCGAUAGUAAUUAAAUUCGUACGUCGUCAAGAUAAGAUGUCAUGGAUGGGUCAUUUUCGUCUAGCAUCUUCGCAGGACAAUAGUGGGGCUGGUAUAUCGGCGAAAAACAUUUCAGCUGUUCUACCUGAAACAAGGGUGAUGGCUUACGAACAUUUGAUACCUUCAACGCUUGAACUGCUAAAUACGACCAGAACAAUCGCUCGGGAGAAAGGAUAUCGCUUUGUGUGGGUACGUGAUGGUAAUAUUCUUGUCAAAAAAGACGAAACCAGUAAGAAUGUUUUACAUAUUAAAAGUGAUGUGGACCUUUCUAAGAUGUAAGUACUAAAGACUUGUUUAACAAUGAACAGUAAAAUAAUUUUAUUAUGGACAUUUUUGAAAAUUUAGAUGAAUUCGAUGAAGUUGAGACAUUAUGUUUAAAUAACUCUAAUGAUUAUUACAAUAUUAUUUCUAAUCAACCCAGUGUAAAUUUUGAUAUAAUUCAUAGUAAUAUCAGAUUCAUUGGGAAGAAUUUAGACGAGUUCUGUUUAGAAUUUGCUAAUGUAUUGCCAUUUAUAGACAAUCAUGAUUGUAUUAUCUGAGACGGGUCACCAAGGUGUUAGGCCCAUAGGGUGUGAUAUACCUGGUUUUAAUCAGUACUAUUCAAUGAAUCACACAAAUAGAAAUGGGGGUGUAGUAGUUUACUUGAAAAAAGAUUAUGAUCAUGUUCAUGUGCGGGAAUGCACAAUAGUUGGGGCUAGUUGUCUCGUGAUAGAGCUGAAACUUUUUGAGGAGGAGUGGGUUAUUGUUUGUGCUUACAGAUCACCUAAUGAUAAUUGCCAGGACUUUGUUAACUCUUUAGCUGAGCUGCUUUCGAAUUUAAAUUUAGGAAAAAAUAUUAUAUUUGUAGGAGAUAUAAAUAUUGAUAUCUUGAAUAAUAGAAAUAACAUCCACACUGAAU